ACUCGUAACAAAAACAAAAACAUGUUGAUGAGUGGGUGAGGGACUGAGGAAGCGAUCUGAAAAGGCCUUUGCAACAAAAAUGGGAGUUUCGACUUCAGUGCCUUCCCCCGGCCCUCCCAAUCUGCUCAUAGAAUCAUUCAAUUGAUCUUAAGAAAGAUGAAAGGACAUGGACUGUUGAGAUUACUUGUCAGUGAUGGCAGGCUCAUAGGCCUAGCGUUAGCUUUUUGUUCUUGAGGUGACGUCUGCAGAUUAUCGAUCAUGCAUUCAGCCAGUCCGUGGGUCCUUGCCAUCACUAUUUUACUUGGUAGUCAAGUAGGCCUUUCCGUGGGAAUAUGUAAACCUGACUUUCCGGACCGUCAGUUGAAGCCGAUGUUUGUUCAGCCAAAAAGUGAUAGAUUGGAGCUCCUCCCUGGCAAUAGCGCUUCAUUAAUAUGUGAGGUAGACCGCCUUGUCGAUCCAGAGAAUCCGCCCACUGCGGGACUCCUCAUCUGGUGGUGCAACUCUACAUACCCGAUCUGCCACCAGCAAGCGCAGUCGUUGAGCACUUUCGACCCCAAAUUUCUCAGUGGGGUCCAGAGUGCCGCCAUCAACGCAUCCCAUCUCCGCUCCGAGUUCAAUCUGACCAAUGUGGUACCGAGCCAGGCUGAUCUCUAUUACUGUGUAGCCUACACCCAAGAUGAGUCUUCAUCAAAGUGCCCUGGAAGUGUGGUCGUGGACAUCGUUAUUAAAGAUGAAUCCAAGCCAAAAAUUAUAAGCCACUCUUCAGGGAUCAGUGUAUCCGAAGGAAGCCCCUUCAAUCUGACCUGCACUGCCGAGGGCUACCCCACCCCGAUGUUCACCUGGACAAAGGAUGGCGAGCCCAUUCUAGGUGGUGUGGACGGCGUUUUCAAGAAGGACAAGGCAAAUGUGAGCGACAAGGGGACGUACCAGUGCAGGGCAGUGAACAAGUUUGAGUCGUCGGAGUGGUCCCCAGAUAUCAGAGUGAAGGUUAACGGCAAGGAAGCGGACGGACUUUCCAAGGUCAAGCAGGCCCUACUGAUCACUGCUGUAGUCGUCUUUGCCAUACUUCUCGUCAUCGUCAUUGUUCGGAUAUUGAAAUUACGAUCAAAUGGGCACAUGACGUGCUUCCACUUCGAGAGGACAACCAUCCGUGGCAACAACUCCAAGGUCAUCAAGGCGGAUACUGUCCACGUGCACAGCGAUCGCCGCGGGAGCCGUCUGUCCCGAGGAGAUUCCUCGCAUGAACGCCAGACAUUUCUGCAUGACGUAUUCAUUCACAACCACAGCUCCGACAACCAGUUUGCUCACAUGAUCCGUGCCAAGCUCCAGAACCAGGAGUCUCACCUGAAGGUGGGCCUGUGGUCCGAGGUAGAGCGGCCCGACCGAUCGUCCAGCCGCAACAAGCUCCUGCGCCUACGCCUCCUCAACUGCACCCGCAUCGUCAUUGUGGUGUCGGAGGCCUACCUCAAGCACGACUACCAUGCCCUGACCAGUGCCCUGGCCAAGAGCCGGGCGGCACCCGAGUCCCUGCGGAGCAAGAUCAUCAUAGUGCGGGUGCUUGAGGAGAGCAAGCUCCCUAAGGAUUUGGCUAAGGACGUCAUGGCAUCAAUGGAGUACAACGUCGACACGGACAGCUGUUACUUCUGGCCCAGGUUCCUGAAGGUUGCCAUGCCUGAUCAGAAAGAGAUUCUGUACUGGGUGUAAUCAACGGCGGAUGAGAGACACACCUUUUAAGUAGGGCAAUCACUGGCUUUUCAAAGCCAAGGCGAGGGCAGUUGCCGAAUGCAUUGAUCAGCCCUCUCUUCUGAACCACCAGAUCGCCAAUUUGUACAUUCACACCGACAUGUAUACUGAUUUUCUUUUGUGGAAAGUUUCAGACAACCCAUUUUCACCAGUAAUUGCAGUUAUUGUUUGACGCUUCCGUAUGCAACAUCAUACACAUGCCAUUGUAAUUUGUACACUUUCACUAGCAAGGUCUACCUUGUUGUAAUAAGCAUUAUGUUGAACUCUUAGAACCAUGGCUGGCCCUUAAGCCUUGUUUGAGGGGAGGUGUCUGGGAAAAUUAAUAUGUAUUGUUACUUUUAUAUUUUAUGCUGUGUUCAAGAUAACUUUAUCUUCAAGUAUUACUGAUUUCUUUUACCCAGGUGUUUCCUUCUUUAAUGAGUGUAAUUAUGUUUGUUUGGCAGUGGGUUAGAAACCCAAAGGUACAGUUCAUUUUCAUCAAAAGGUAAAGGAAACCAUGUCCAUACAUGCUGUAAAGUGUGUUCAUUUAUUAAUUACAAAAAUUAAAUUUCAAGAUGUGUAUUGCUGAACUGCCUGUAGAUAAUGACCUUCGACUAGUUUUAGCAAGGACGGAUCCAGAACGAAAUUUUCAGGGGGGCCAAAACUUAUUUUGGGAGCCACAAAAUUUGAAAAUUGUUUAGUGUCACCUUUUUGAGGGCUGAGACUAUUCUGGGAUCUUUUUACAAAGAUCCUAGAAUAGUCUCAGUGAUAACUUUUGUUGUACAUCUAAUGGAAGUACCACAUCGAAUAGUUAGCUGAAAGCAUUGAGAAGUACUUCUGUGGUAUGCCAUCAAGGAACUUCUGAAUCCUUGCCAUCUUUUGUUCCUGCUUUGGAAAUUUGGUAUAUCAGAAAUAGCUGUAGUUUGGUCUUUUAACUCCGUUUGCUGCUAUUAGUCAUCAUUUAUCCAUUAGAGAUGUGUUAGUUACAUUUGUAUAUAGUUUUGCCAGAGAGCGUUCGACGUGUAAAUUUUUGGUGCUGGUUAUUGAAUUGUUUGGUGUACGUUUGCUGUAUUGUUCAUCCUUGCUGAAUACAUGUAGUCCAUCCACCGAAUGAACACUGCACAGGAAGCCGAUGGCACAUUCUUUGUACCUGAAACUUUGCAAGGUGUAUUGACCUGUGGCUGAGCUCAUAGCUUUGUCAACCCUGCCAAGCCGUUCUAUGUCCCUUGGUCUAUUACGAAUGAACUGGAAUUUAUAGGGUUAAAAGAUAUUUAAAAUUGUACACUGUUGUGCUUUUGUGUUGGUACGUCCUUGAUUGCUUGAUAUUUAUGUUAGAAGUCUGUAUAGAACACCAUUUUUUUCUUGUGCAGUUUUACGCAAGUGCAUUUUAAGCAUUGGUUCACUAAAUGUAUAUGUACGUGUAUAGAUUGUAACAGGGCACUGCCCGUCAAGUUGUACUGACUUCUAGCCAAAUUUAGUAAAGAAUUUAUCAAGGAUUGUAUUUUAUACAAGGAAAAUUGUGAGGAUAUAUAAUUUUCGAACAAGUGAUGUGAAAAGAAAAGUGCCUGAAAUAUUCCAGAAUUA